GCGCGCGCUUCUCCUCAGCGCCAAGAUGAUCGGGCAGAAGACCCUCCAUUCCUUCUUCGCCUCCUCGGCCGCCGCGGGCCCGGCAGGAAAGCGCCAUCUCCACUGCAAAGGGCCGGGCCCCGCCCCAGGAGACUCGCAGGGAGAACAGGUCCCGCCCGCCAAGAAGGCCAAGGAGGAGGUCGCCGCCGCCUCGCCGCCGCUCAGCCCCGACCAGUUGGAGCGGAUCCGGAGGAACAAGGAGGCCGCCCUGCUGAGGCUCGCCGCCCGCCACGCCCCCGGAGGCCUGGCCGAAGGCUGGAAGCGACAGCUCGGAACCGAGUUCGCCAAACCUUAUUUCUCCAAGCUAAUGGGAUUUGUAGCAGAAGAAAGAAAGCAUCAUACUGUUUAUCCACCUCCAGAACACGUUUUCUCGUGGAGCCAGAUGUGUGACAUUAAAGAUGUCAAAGUUGUCAUCUUGGGACAAGAUCCGUAUCAUGGACCCAAUCAAGCCCACGGACUCUGCUUCAGUGUUCAGAAACCUGUGCCUCCCCCACCCAGUUUAGAAAAUAUUUAUCAAGAGCUGUCUACAGAUGUGGAAGACUUCUCCCAUCCUGGCCAUGGAGAUUUGUCUGGUUGGGCUAAGCAAGGCGUUCUCCUGCUCAACGCUGUCCUGACGGUCCGAGCACACCAAGCCAAUUCUCACAAGGAAAGGGGCUGGGAGCAGUUCACUGACGCCGUGGUGUCCUGGCUCAACGAGAACCUGGAUGGGCUUGUCUUUAUGCUGUGGGGAGCUUACGCUCAGAAGAAAGGCAGCUCUAUUGAUAGGAAACGCCACCACGUACUCCAGACCGCACAUCCCUCCCCUCUGUCGGUGCACAGAGGAUUCUUUGGAUGCAAACACUUCUCAAAAACCAAUGAAUUGCUGAAGAAAUCUGGCAAGAAACCCAUCGACUGGAAAGAGCUCUGAAACUAGACACUGCAGCUGGGCUGUGGUGGUUUCUGGUGGUCUUCUUUCGGAGACUCUGCCGUUGAAGAAUGUAUGUAAGGAGAACUACAACUUCGAGAGUAAUAGGCUUAUGCCUUUGUGCUUUGUGAAAGGGAAAAUUAGGGUUUUGUAAAUCCUUGAGCAGUAGCCUGUGUGACAGUGAGUGAGCAGUGGUUUGAUGACCAUUCUUUUCUCUUUAGAAUCGGCUCACUGACUGGCUUGCCUAACACAGAAGCUAGGCUCUUUAAAUUGACCGUCGUUUGAGCUAAAGCUAAAUGUAGCCGUAUAUGGCUCCUAAAGCUAUCUACUGAUGAUAAAACCUCCUUUUAUACUUCUCUUUCCCUCACCCUUCCAAGCAUUUCCAUUACUGUUAAUGAGAUUUGUUUGAAAAAAUGCACCUUUGUAUAUACAGUCUAAAAGCUACUUUGUAUGUUGACAGCCACCGCGACUUAUUUCUAUCGGACAGGUCGGAGGGGGGUUCAAGAUGUUUUGACUGAUUUCCCUGUUUAAUUUUAAAAUGUGCUCUGGCGUGCGUUGGGGUAAAGUAUGCCGCACCCUUGAAUGUACCUUUAACCUCCCGUGAAGGUGGGUGACAGAACAUCUGUUUUGCACAGUGCCUCAAAAUGGUUACCGUGGGAUCCAGAAAUCUUAGGGUAACAGAAAACCUCCUCCAAUAAAUCAAGGAAUUCCAGGUUUGAGCAAGUUUCCUUUCUAAGAGAAAGUGCAGUGAAAUGUUAGUAUUUUUUUAUUUUAAAACAAUUAGGUGAAUCUAGGGAGCAUUUCGUGUGUUUGCUCCAAAAUAACCAGGGUUUGUCAAGGGAAAGAUUCACCUUUCAUUUUUUUUUCCAUUUUUUUUUUCCUUCCCUGAGCCUGUUUUUACAUUUUGAUUUCAGACUUUCUGUCUGCUAGCUUAUAGUGCCUAACUUGUGACUUUUCUUUCUAUGAAUCCGGGAAAGUUGGAAGCCUUAGCAGAGCACAGUGAGACCUUUUUCACGGUAUCGCAUCUCCCGUGACAAUUGACACUGUUUACUUCUCUGGAAUACAGGUAAGGGAAGGAGAGGUGGAAGAUUUUGUAUAUAGAUUUUUCUGUUCUGGAAGAGAUACAUUCUGUGUCGUUGAAUGCGCUCAUCUCAGGGAGCAAUCCGCUUUCAAGGCAGAUCUAAAUUUUUAGCUCUUACAAACUACAAGAGUCCUUUGUUCCUGUGUUGGUAAUACCGGGAGACCUGUUCUUAGUAGUUUGUUUUUACUGUGAUGGCGAUUACCCCAAGUUUCAAGGAGAAGCUCUUUUUAAACCUCCGGUUUAACAGAGAUGGUCAUUUGAAGUCAGCACUGAAAAGAUGUCCAGUGCCGUUUCCUGCUAACUGGAUUAGGAGCAAACUUGGGGGAAUCUGGUAAUAAACAAUUGUCGUGUUUCA